AAGGCGCUCGUCCUCGCGCUCAAGGAGCUCUUCAUCAUGGGCGACAUCCGCACGACGGUGGAGUACCUCGGCGAGCUGCUCAACACGCCAGAGUUCAAGGACAACACGCUCGACACCGCGUGGCUCGACGGCCUGAUCGCCGCAAAGUCGGUCUCGGUCGAGGUUGAGCCGCAGUCUGCCGUCAUCAACGCCGCCGUCUACCGCGGCCACAAGCUCAUCGCCGACAACAUCGCCGGCUUCAAGGAGUCGCUCGACAAGGGGCAGCUCUCGACGCUGGCGCUGCGCGAGAUGCAAGGAAUGCCGCUCGAGCUCACCUACCAGGACGUCAAGUACUCCUUCACCGUCACACCAAAGGCGCCGGACGCCUUUGACCUCGUCCUCUCGAGCACCGGCCAGCACAUCGAGGUGCGCACGCGCAGGCAGGCGGACGGCUCGCUCUACGUCUCGUACGGCUCGGAGACGCACCAGCUGUUCGCCAAGGAGGAGCCGCUCGGGCUGCGGAUGGUGCUCGACGGCACCACCGUGCUGCUGCCGAACGUGUUUGACCCGUCCGAGAUGCGCUCCGACGUGACUGGCAAGCUCGUCCGCUACCUGGUCGACGACGGCGCGCCGGUGGAGGCGGGCCAGCCGUUUGCCGAGGCGGAGGCGAUGAAGAUGCUCAUCACCAUCCGCGCGAGCGAGUCGGGCACGCUCAAGCACGAGCUCUCUGCGGGCUCCAUCAUCAACCAGGGCGACCUGCUCGGCUCGCUCGAGCUCAAGGACCCGUCCAAGGUCAAGAAGAUUCUGCCGUUUGAGGGCUUGCUCGCGUACCAGACGCCGACGGAGAAGGAGGAGACGACGCUGCAGGCCUUCCGCGCGUCGCAAAAGGCGCUCGAGCUCGUGAUGGACGGCUACGUGAUGGAGGCCGAGCCGCAGGUGCAGAAGCUGCUCGCGGCGCUCUCAUCGAUCAACCUCGUCGUCGGCGAGGUGUCGGACGCGAUGGCCGCGCUCGGCAACAAGCUGCCCGCCGACCUCGACUUGGCGUUGCAGUCCAUCCUCUCAAAGACGCUGGCUGAGCACGUCGCCACCGAGGACUCCAAGGAGGCGGCGCGGCUCGUCGACGCGCUCCGCGCGGCGAUCGCCGACUUCAUCGCCGGCCAGCCCGAGGGCAAGCAGGCCGAGCUGGAGGGCGUGGUCGCGCCGGUGCAGGGUGUGCUCGACACGUACGCGCCCGGCCUGCGCGAGCACGCCAUCGCGGCGGUCACCGCGCUCCUCAAGCGCUUCAUGGCGGUCGAGAACACGUUCGCCGGCAUGUCGACCGACCAAGCCAUCGCCGCGAUGCUCAAGUCGUCGCCCGACGACCUAAACGCCGUCUACGAGAAGGCGCUCGCCCACGAGCAGACGCCGGCGCGGGUCGACCUCGCCAUCUCGCUGCUGCGCUCGCUCUACACCUUCCCCGAGCGCUUCGGCGUGCAGCCGCUCAAGGCGCUCACGCCCGACAUGGACGUGGUCGCUGAGAUCUCGCAGCUGCCCGGCGCUCAGUACAAGGAGCUGGCACUCCUCUCCGCCUCGGGCGCCGACUCUGCCGCUGUCUCCCGCUCGGUGGUGACCAACGCGCUGCUCGCUCUGUUCGACGACACGCAGGUCGGCACCGCCGCCAUGCAGGCCAAGCCGGCGGGCACCGUCAUCGAGUUCCGGUACCAGUCGCAGGACAAGGCGCAGGACGACGCGCAGUGCCCCACGUCGCCCGACGACCUAAACGCCGUCUACGAGAAGGCGCUCGCCCACGAGCAGACGCCGGCGCGGGUCGACCUCGCCAUCUCGCUGCUGCGCUCGCUCUACACCUUCCCCGAGCGCUUCGGCGUGCAGCCGCUCAAGGCGCUCACGCCCGACAUGGACGUGGUCGCUGAGAUCUCGCAGCUGCCCGGCGCUCAGUACAAGGAGCUGGCGCUCGUCGCGGCGCAGUACGGCCAGCUGGCGCUCGUGCCCGAGCUCGCCUCGCUCAGCACUGCGAUCCCGUCCCUCCUCUCCGACUACGAGCCGGCCGACGCCUCGUCGCCGCUCAACGUGCUGCACAUCGCCCUCAACGCGCCAAUCGGCACCGGCGCCGGCGCCGAGGAGGCGCUCAUCGCGACCGCGCAGGCGGCCAUCGAGAGCAGCGCAGGCGUGCUUAAGGCCAAGGGCGUGCGGCUCGUCUCGCUCAUGGUGCCAAACCCGCCAAAGUGGCCGCGCCUCUUCUCGUUCACCGCGGCCAACGGCUUCGCCGAGGACCCCAACCGGCGCAACAUGUACCCAACCUUUUACAACGCGCUCGAGCUCGACCGGCUGCAGAACUGGAACCCGGUGCGGCUGCCCGCGAUCUCGCACAACUCGGUGGUGCUUCUCGGCUCGCAGGGCGCCGGCCGCGGCGUGCAGCAGCGCGUCUUCGCACGCGGAGUCACGCACUCCGACGCGAUGGACACGCCCGAGGCGGCCGAGGGCGCGCUGCUCAAGGCGCUCGACGAGCUGCAGCUCGCCUUCCUCGACAAGCGCGUCAUGCCGACCGCCUCGACGCACCUGUUCCUGCACGUGCUGCCUCCGCUCGAGACGACGCCCGCGCCGCUCAUCCAAAAGUUCAAGGGGGCGGUCGCGCGCCGGAUCGGCACCACGUACGCGUACGACUUCCUCGGCCUCUUCGAGAAGGGCGUCGUCAAGGAGUGGCAGGCCGCCAUCGCCGACGGCACCCACCCGGCGAUGCCGACCAACCUGCUCGAGGCGGAGGAGCUGUUGCUCGACGAGGCGGGCGCGCUCGCCAAGGGCUCGCGGCUCGUCGGCGAGAACAAGGUUGGCAUGGUCGGCUGGCACGUGACGCUCAAGACGCCUCAGUUCCCCGAGGGGCGGCCGCUCGUCAUCGUCGCCAACGACUGCACCGUCCAGUCCGGCUCCUUUGGCGUCGCCGAGGACGACUUCUUCGACGCCGUCUCCAAGUACGCGCGCGCGCGCGGGCUGCCGCGGCUGCACAUCGCCUCAAACUCGGGUGCGCGCAUCGGCCUGGCCGAGGAGCUCAAGCCGUACUUCAAGGUGGCCUGGAACGACCCGAUGGACGUGGCCAAGGGGUACAAGUACCUCUACUUCACCGAGGAGGACGCCAACCGCUUCACGCCCGGCACCGACUUCCACGGCGAGUACAUCACCGAGGGCGGCGAGAAGCGGUACAAGCUGGACGACAUCGUCGGCCAGAAGGACGGGCUCGGCGUCGAGAAUCUGCGCGGCUCGGGCAUGAUCGCCGGCGAGACGUCGGCCGCGUACGCCGAGACGUUCACGCUCUCGUACGUCACGGGCCGCUCGGUCGGCAUCGGCGCCUACAUCAACCGGCUCGCCCAGCGCGUCAUCCAGAUGCAAAACGGGCCGCUGCUGCUCACCGGCUUCGGCGCGCUCAACAAGCUGCUCGGCAAGGAGGUUUACACGUCGCAGGACCAGCUCGGCGGCCCGCAGAUCAUGCUGCCAAACGGCGUCGCCCACCAGCUCGCCAUCGACGACCAGGACGGCGUCGAGAAGGUGCUGCGCUGGCUCUCGUACGUGCCAAAGACGGCGUCGGACUCGGCCUUCGCCGCGCCCGCCGCCGACCCGAUUGACCGGCCGAUCGGCUUCCUGCCGACCAAGACGCCGUACGACCCGCGCCACAUGCUCGCCGGCACCGUCUCGGCCGACGGCACCUGGCUCUCCGGCUUCUUCGACCAGGGCUCCUUCACCGAGUACCUCGCCGACUGGGGCAAGUCGGUCGUGGUCGGCCGCGCGCGCCUCGGCGGCGUGCCGAUGGGCGUCAUCGCGGUCGAGACGCGCCUCGUCGAGCAGCGCAUCCCCGCCGACCCCGCCAACCCCGCCUCGCGCGAGACGGUCCUCGCGCAGGCGGGGCAGGUCUGGUACCCCGACUCGGCCUACAAGACGGCGCAGGCGAUCCAGGACUUCAACUCGGCGGAGAACCUGCCGCUCAUGGUGUUUGCCAACUGGCGCGGCUUCUCGGGCGGCACCCGCGACAUGUUUGGCGAGAUCCUCAAGUUCGGCUCGUACAUCGUCGACAACCUCCGCACGUACAAGCACCCCGUCUUUGCGUACAUCCCUCCGUGCGGCGAGCUGCGCGGCGGCGCGUGGGUCGUCAUCGACCCGACGAUCAACGAGGAGAUGAUGGAGAUGUACGCGGACGCCGACGCGCGCGGCGGCAUCCUCGAGCCGCCCGGCAUCUGCGAGGUCAAGUUCCGCAAGCCCGACCUCCUCAAGACGAUGCACCGGCUCGACGCCAAGCUGCAGGCGCUCAGCAGCGAGCUGAAGAUCGUCGAGGAGUCGCCGGGCUCGGAGUCGGAGGCGCAGUCGCUGCGCUCCGCCAUCCAGGCGCGCGAGAACACGCUGCUCCCGCUCUACGCGCAGAUCUCGUAUGAGUUUGCCGACUUGCACGACCGGCCUGGCCGCAUGCUGGCCAAGGGCGUCGUCCGCGACGUGGUCGACUGGCCCAACGCGCGCGAGUACUUUGCGUGGCGCGUGCGCAGGCGGCUGGCGCAGGACGGCCUCGUCAAGGCGCUCAAGGGGGCGGACGCGAACCUCGCCCACGCCGACGCCGUCGCCAAGCUCGCCGACAUGAUGGGCGGCGACUGGGAGGACGACCGCGCCGUGCUAGGCUGGUUCGACUCGGCAAAGUCGCAGAUCGACGAGCUGGUGCAGCAGACGCGCGACGCGGCCAUCCAGAAGACCGUCGCCGACCUCGUGGACGGCCUCUCGGCGGAGGCCAAGGCCGCGCUCCUCAAGUCGCUCUAGGCACCACCCGCCUCCACCUAGCGCCGAAGGAGACGCUUCGGCGGCUGCGCCGUGGGCCGGUUCGGCGCCCCAUGUACAGCGCAUGGCGGGCGCCCGCUGCAGCUCUACAGGUCGCUCGAGGGUAGGGACUGAGAAAUCCAUGAUGCAUGCCCGUUUGUGAACAAGACGCCGCGGUGGUGGUCUUUUGGGGAUGCGUACUUCGGUUCGUAUAGGGUGUGUCUGCUCCGUGCGUCCCCUCUCUCUGACCACUAAGCACUAUGGUUGUCUCAUAUUCAGAGCGGUGUUGGGGUAACGUAUCUCGAGAGGUACACUGUAGCACGAUGCUUGGUGUUGGUCGUGUUGGUAACAGAAAAAAUGUUCUCCACACUA